UUCACUUCUCACUUCUCACUUCCCACUAAACACAACAACCAUGGCCUCCAACACUACCACCGCACUCACCCAACUCCAAACCCUCCUCCCCGACAAAACCCUCACCCCCUCCACCUCCACCCCCUACCAAGCCGCCCUCACAACCCCCUGGUCCCAAACCUGCUGGACCCCAGCAGCAGGAUACAUCCAGAUCAGCACCAUCGACGACCUCACCACUGCACUAUCCAUCAUCCAGAAAACCGGAUGCAAGUUCUCCGUUCGCACCACCGGCCAUAACCCCAACGUGGGGUUCAGUAGCGCCGAUGAAACGGCCAUUGUUCUGGACAUCCGUCAGCUGAAGACCAUGGAGUUGACACCUGAUGGUACAGCUCGAGUCGGGGCGGGAUGUACCUGGGGGGAGGUGUAUACGUGGUUAGAGGGACAGAAAUUGUCUGCAAUUGGGGGGAGGGAUCCACAGGUUGGAUUGGGGGGGUUCCUUCUAGGAGGAGGCAUGGGCGCUCUGCCUAACCUCCACGGUCUAGGAGCAGACAACGUAAAGAACUUCGAGGUCCUCCUCGCCAACGGCACCCUCCUCAACGCCAACCCAACCACCAACCCGGAUCUCUACCACGUUCUCAAAGGCGGUGGUUCUAACUUCGGAAUAAUCACUCAUUUUACCAUCCAAACCUACCCCCUAAUCCCCAUCCAAUACAACAUAACCCUCUACCAACCCACAGACCACACCGCCAUCAACGAAGCCACCGUCUCCGUGCAAAACGCCAUGGCCUCUGAUCCGAAGAUCGGUCUGUUUACCAAUUUUAAUAAUGGCUUUGUAGCUGUGGGGUUACUCUACAGUCACCAGCCCAGUCCAGCUUCUACGUCUAAUUCCCUACCCGUUGUGUUUGAUCCCUUUCAGAAGGUUAAGAGUAUGAUGACAGCGGUGCCACUAACUAACGGGACUAUUCUCUCCCUGGCUCAGGCGAUGGGUCAUGCGCAGGAGGCUAAGAAACGGGCAAUAAGUACAGUUACGACCCGUGUUUCGGUGGCGUUAUACGAAGAAGUAUAUAAAGUAUGGAAUGAAGUAAAGGAGACUCUUCCCGAAGGCUGUAUACUGCAUUACACCAUCCAACCAAUGGGCGAAAAUGGUGUACGGGAGGGUAUGCACCGAGGGGGGAAUAUAAUGGGGUUGAAAGGGGUGGAACAAUGUUGGUGGGUCUUCACCUGUGAAUGGCCCAACGAGUGCGAUGACAUCGCCGCACAACAAGCAGUAGAGACCAUGUCUGAACGGGUACAAACCCUAGCUCAGGAACGGGAUUUAUUGCUCGAUUUCAAAUGUAUGACUUUUGCCACUGGCUUACAGAAGGUUCUCGAGAGCUACGGGGAAGACAACGUAAAGAAGAUGAAAGAGGUAGCAGGGAAAUAUGAUCCCGAGGGAGUGUUUCAGAAGUUACAGUUUGGGGGGUUUUUGUUGAGGGAUCUUUGAUCUUUACCCUCUCUCUAUCUUCCUUUUUGAUCGUUAAUUGAAAUAAUGAAAUGUGUUGAGGACUGAAUACCCCAUACAAUUAACC